CUGACACACUACGCUCUGAUCAUACCCAGCCGCUCGUACUAGCCGUACGUACGACACACGGUAAGUCGUAAAUGGGAUUAACGUACAGUGUGGAGACAGUAUCGCUACUCCUAAAGGACAGCGGAUUUACAAUAAUUUAGUAUGAUUAUGACGAUAUGACAACGUCGAUAGCAAAUAUAACUACUAUUGCUACGCGGAGUUUUGUGUUGUGAUUGAAUGCAUAUGUAAGAUUUUUUACUUUGCCGAAAAAAAACCUUAUUUGAUAGAUCAGUUUAUUAUCUUUUAUUGGAAGUAUUUAUCAACGGGAGGAUUUUGUUCGGCAAUGACGGAUUAGUAAUAGAAGGCCUCUUGAUAUGUGAUAUCAACAUUAAACAGGUGUAUAUAAUCACGUGACGUGCACUGGUUUGGUAUCUGCUGACAUGUGACUGCACUCUUAAAAGGACCAAUGACCAAGGAUAUGUUUCAUGGAGUCUACCUAGUAAAGUUUUGGGGAUUAAAAGCAAACACAAACUUGAAGGAGCAGAAGCAGUAAUCAUUGGUGCUGUAUUCCUCUUUAAAUCCGAUAUAAACUUCAAAAUAUGUAGUUAACCUUGUGAGAGCGCAAUCAAAUAAUAACUAACAAACGAUGAUGACAGAAAUCAACUUAACUGAUUUUUUGCCUUGAUUUUGGCGAAAUAGUUUACUAAGAUGUCUGGAUUGACCACGGGUGCAGUGGAAGAAUGGAUGGAUUCGCAUAAGGAAUCCAUGCAGGAAUUAUUUUUGAAGAAAGCUGACACUGUUCUCAUUAACAAGUGGCUUUUGUUACAUGGGUAUAGUGCGGUGUGUGAUAAUGCCCCUCAUCCUUCCAAACGAGGUUCGUUGACAGGAGGAAACAGCAACCCCUCCUCUCCACGUGACCUUCGGUGUGAUGACGGAUUCUUUGAGCAUGUACACCAGAGAUCCAAUUCUAAAAAAUAUCUUCGCCAGGACUUUGCGAAAUCAAAAAAGAAGAAUAUAUUUAGGACAUACGAGCCUACUUCUUCUCCUGAACUUACGACCGAGGGUCGACGCAGCAGUCUGAAAGACAUGCGGAUGUUUCGAUCAUUGCCGCCGAAUUCGGUGAACAUCCUGAGUCUGUUAAUCCAAUCAAAGGUUCGACUUCCACGCUACCCUAGUAAAGAUAUCGAUAUGAAGAGGGAUUUGCGACAAAUCAACGAACGUGAUUUCUUCUUGGAAAUCGUGAAAGAUAUUUCAAACGACCUUGACCUAAGGAGUCUUACCAACAAAAUAAAAUCCAACAUAAGCGUGCUAGUGGAUGGUGAUGCAGGAUCUGUAUUUGUUGUGGAGGGCAAAGGGUCAAGUCGGCCCGUCCUUGUGUCUAAGUUAUUCGAUAUUCAUUCUGGCACCUCCAUUUUACCAUCAACUUCCGGUGAGAGCAGCAUCAAGGUCGCGUGGGGAAAAGGGAUAAUAGGUCACGUGGCUGCAAUAGGAGAUACUGUGAAUAUCUUAGACGCCAACAUGGACCCACGGUACAAUGACGAGGUGGACCGAAUAACAGGCUACGUCACAGAGUCCAUUAUCUGUAUGCCUAUUCGGAACUCGGACAACGACAUUGUGGGCGUGGCCCAGGUCGUUAACAAGACGGGGUCAUGUGAAGGAUUCAGCAAAGACGAUGAAAAGAUGCUGGCUACGUACCUUACCUUUUGUGGAAUUGCAAUACAUAAUGCUCAGAUAUUCGAAGCCUACAGCAAAGAAUAUGAAAGGAAUAAGGCCCUGCUGGAGGUUGUCCAUGACGUGUUCGAGGAACAGACGUCACUUGAAAUAGUCAUCCACAAGAUUAUGCAGAGGGCGCAAACCCUACUGAAGUGUGAGAGGUGCUCCGUCCUUUUACGGGAUGGAACGUCAGAGACUAACUUCAACCGAGUGUUUGAUCUCGGUUACCCGGUGAAAAACGGCCAGUCUUCCAAUUAUAAGAAUGUAUUCUCCACCUGUGACCCCAACAUGCAUCCCGCCAACAGGCCACGUAAUGUACCCUCCAUAAUUUGUACAAGCCCAGAGAACUCUUCAGACAUGAAGUUUGGUAACAAGAUCGCGGAGCACGUGCUGAUAACAGGAGAGACGAUCAACAUUUCAGACGCAGAUCAGGAUUGUCGGUUCGAACAAGAGGUUGACAAAUGUGGAAACAUUGCUAUGCGGUCGAUAUUGUGUAAACCAAUCAGAAACAGAGAGUCGAAAACUAUCGGGGUCGCUCAGGUGAUGAACAAAUCCGACGGUCUCUCCUUUGAUGAACAUGACGACCAACUGUUUGAAGCUUUUACGAUAUUCUGUGGUCUCGGGAUCAACAAUUGUGUUCUGUACGAGGAGAUUGCCAUCCUGUUAUCGAAGCAAGCAGUUACGUUAGAGACGCUGUCGUACCAUUCCGGUGUUUCCGCGACGGACGUGGUGCGGCUCAAGAGUCAGAAAGUACCGGAAACGUCGGAGUGGAAACUCGACAGCCACAAAUUUAACGAUUUCUCGCUCACCAAAGACGAAAUGUUGGUUGCCGCUAUUAGAAUAUUCAAAGAUUUAGGAUUCAUUAGAAAGUUUAAAAUUGAUUAUGAGGUUCUAUGUCGAUGGCUCCUUACAGUGCGAAAGAACUACCGAAAUGUUGCCUACCACAACUGGAGACACGCAUUCAACGUGUGCCAGACUAUGUUCGCCUCCCUCAAGAGAAGUGGUGCCAAGCGCCAUCUAGCGGACAGAGAGACGUUAGCUAUGGUGGUCGGAUGCCUCUGCCAUGAUUUAGAUCAUAGGGGAACCAACAACGCUUUCCAACAAAAGUCGGGGUCAGCCCUGGCUCAGUUGUAUGGAACUAGUGGCACAAUGGAACAUCAUCACUUCAACCACGCGGUCACUAUCCUGAACAGCGAGGGUAAUAAUAUAUUCGCCAAUUUCACGUCCGAAGAGUACAGCGCGAUUAUAACAUUACUGAAAGAAUCUAUAUUAGCGACCGAUCUCUCCCUCCACAUACAGUUAAGAAAUAAGUUCUUUGCUAUGGUCGACUCCGGUCAAAAUACAUGGGAUGACCGGGAGUCGAAGGAAACUCUCCGAAGUAUACUGAUGACGUCAUGUGAUAUAGCAUCCAUCACGAAACCCUGGCAGAUACAGCGAAAGGCUGCAGACCUGGUGAUGUCCGAGUUUUUCGACCAAGGCGACAAGGAGAAGCAACAGCUGAAUAUACAACCACAAGCAUGUAUGGAUCGAGAGCGACAAGAUGAGCUGCCCAAGCUUCAGAUGGGAUGGAUUGAUGGCAUUUGUCUUCCUUUGUAUAAUGCAUUGUCGAAAAUGGAUAUAUACUUCACGCCUUUGAAAGAGGGAGUUUUAGCCAAUAGGGGCUACUGGGAAAAGAUGGACGCGGACAAGCUUGCCAAAGAUAUCGUUCGCGAAACUGGAGUUUAAGAGAAAAUGUGACACAAGAAAGAUGCGUGUGAUUUUUUUAAAAACAUGUUUUCGAGAAAAGUCCAUUUGAUAAUCUUAAAAAAUAUUGGUAUAAUAUCAGAGAGAUUUGUUGUUUCGAAGAUUUAAAGUUAUAGACUACAGAUAGCAUGUAAAAACCAGGACACAAUAUGAGGCAUACUGACGCAGUUACUUCCGUGUUUGUUGACGGCAUACGUUCAUCAGACUCUUAAUUUGAGGACAUUAUAACAUUUGCAUGGUUACAACUUUUCUUUUUUGCAUUGAAAAUGUAUAUAAUACCACAAUUUGCAAAUACUUCUUUGCAUUUCAAGGAGCAAUUUCAGUAGGAAAUAUGAUUCAGCAUCAUCGCACUUCAGUUGAAAUUCCUCAGAAAAAUGGUUACCAUAAUUCUAGCUCAAAAUCGAUAUAACAAGGACAAAAUAUAAACAAAAAGUAUAUAUUUACACGUGUUCCAAAAUAACAAGCGUCUUUUGUGUCAUCGACGAUACAUUGAAACCUAGGUCCACUCCAGGUUAAGUCACAUCUCAAAAAGAGAACUAGGGUGAUGACAAACAAACUACUUGGCAUCGAAUGCGUCUGACUUUAUAUCGCAUUAGGAAAUUGAAUAACUCCAAAUGAGAUUAUAAUGUUGGCCAUAAAACUGUCCCAUAAUUUCUAUCAAGUUUAAUAUCUCGAAACCCUCACAGCAGUCGACAUCUGACACGGAAAUUGUGGUAAGUGGCUCAAGCCCUAAAAUAUGGAAUCAACUCAGACAUAUAAAAACCAUAUUAUUGCAAACUACUUGGGUUUUUUGGUUGUUUUAGUAAAUUUUGAUAUCGAAAAGAAGAUACAUUUACUUACCCAAGGACAUAUCAUAAAACAUUAAACGAGGAAGUUUUCAAAGGGUAUACUUAAAUUGUUGGAGUCAGUUAGCAGCGAACAACUUAAAUUGUCAUUAAAUUUAAAUUUCUACCUAGAGGUAGGUGUGUGUUGUUCAUAACCUACAACAUCAGGGUAUUCUGUCUCCAAAGUUGCGCAGGACAAUUAAUGUUAUCAAACCAUUUGUUCUGGAGAGUCAUAUGUGUUUUGAUGGAAAUGCACAAGUUUGAAGCUCAUACAAGGCAUUCAGCUACUCGAGGCAUUCAUUACUGUCUUGUCUUAUAAUGAUCAUACAAUAAUCAAUUUUACGAAAAAUUUCACAUGCAUAGAAUAACUACAUUUAUCAUUUCAAUCUUAAAGUUUUUGAGUCGCAGGUUUUACUCGUAGACAUUGUUAAUAUCUUAAUACAUACUGUUUUGUUUUAAAAUUUGUAGUCGUUUCAGUGUUAAAUAAAAUUAUGUAGCUUUUCUAGACGCAUUUACAGAUUAAUUUUUAAAAAUAUAUAAUUUCUUUAACAAUUUGGUUAAACAUUCAUCCUCAAUAAUGAUAACCGUUAUUGCCCAAAUGAUAUGUUUUCUAUGUGAAUUAUUUGCAAUAUGAAUAUAUACAAAGCAGAUAAGUUGUGGUUUUAAUAUUAAAAUGCAUGUGUAAAACAAUUAAUCAAUAAAUGCAUUUGAAUAGAGA